CUCCCCCAGGAAUGGCCGAGCUGCUGGUUCACCGGGUGAGGUUCUUUGACUAUCUGCCGGCGGGGCUGCGCUGCCUGAGCUACAACAGCUGCUCUGGGCGCCUGGCGGCCGCGCGCCUCUCGGGGGCUGUGGAAAUCUUCAGCUUCAACAACAACUUCUUCCAGGAGAAGGUGAUUCCUGGGGAUGACAGGAAAUCAAUUGAAGCGAUGUGUUGGGUGGGAUGGAAUCGGCUGUUCACUGUGGGAUUAACUGGAGAGAUCAUGGAAAUAGAUCUGCAGAGGCUGUGUCCAAAGUACAGCCUUGAUGCUUUUGGCGGCCCUGUUUGGUGCAUGAGCUGUAACCCCGAGGAGACUCACCUUGCGAUUGGCUGCGAAGAUGGUUCAGUCAAACUAUUCGAGAUUAUUCCAGAAAAACUUCAAUAUGCAAGGAAUCUGGAUCGGCAGAAAGGGCGUGUUCUCUCGUUGGCCUGGCAUAAGGCUGGUUCACUGAUAGCAACAGGAUCGUUGAAUGUCAUCUGUGUGUUUGAUGUAAAGUCUGGUCACUGUGUGCAGAGGAUGGAUGUGGACCGCCGUAUUUCCAGUCAGCGCAAUCGUGAGUGUGUGGUGUGGAGCGUCCUGUUCCUGAGUGACAGUAUUGUGAGCGCUGACUCCACUGGGAAAGUGCAGCUGUGGGACUGGCAAACGGGAACCCUCCUGAACACUCACCACGUGACCAAGUGCGACGCCUUGUCGUUAGCGGUGAACCCGGCUGAGGACAGCAUCGCUGUGGGAACAUCAGAGGGAACUGUCAUCCAGUUCCAGCUCCUGGAAACUAAGUCUGGGGGCGGCGAUGUCCAGUGGGUUCGAACCAAGACAUUUAAAUAUCACACGCAUGAUGUGCGGGGCCUGGUGCACACCAAGUCUGCACUCGUCUCCGGGGGUUUGGAUGCUCAGCUGGUGCUCCGCCCCCUGAUGGACAAAGUGGAAACUAAAUCAUAUGAGGCUGCACUUCGCAAAGUCAUCUUCCCUCAUCGGAGUUUGGUAUGUUGCAGUCGGGAAGCGAAGCUUCUUCUGUUCCAGUUCCCAAGUCAGUUGGAGCUUUGGUCGCUGGACCAUUCGCCUCUGACAGGCGCUGGGAUGGCUCCUACAGACAGCAAACCAGACAAAGUGCUUCAGCUGAAAAAAAAGGGCUCAGAUCACAUUCACUGCUGCUGUCUGUCUCCCUGUGGCGAGUGGAUCUCCUACGCCACGGCUUCCCGAGUCUGUGUGUAUCGUGUCCAGUAUCAGGACGGCUCUGUCACUGUCACCAGGGUUGCUGGGACACCGAAGCAGCUCCGUGGUGUGCAGUGCCUGGUGUUCUCGGCAGAUUCCACGCGGCUGUUUGCCGGCUCAGAGAGAAGUGCUGUUCAUGUUGUGGAUGUUACAGGGUCACGGUGCACUGAGCUUCACAUCUUCACCCCCAAAUCUGGUUGCCAGGAAUCCAUCUCUCUGUUGGCUGUCAGUGCUGAUGGGGAGUGGGUGGCGGCAGCAAGUCACGGUGGAGAGAUAAACAUCUAUAACCUGAUGCAGCUGAUGCAACACUGCAUUGUUCCAGUCUAUAACCAGCCUCCCACAGCAAUGGCCAUUCACCCCCAGACUAAUAACCUGCUCACAGUGCACACAGACCAUCAGAUUUUCGAGUUCUCUCUCAGGGAGAAGCGGUUCACAGAUUGGAGCCGUAAGCUGCAGCAACAAGGACUGCACCCUCAGUGGGUAGAACGGGACACACCUGUUACACAUAUUACCUUCAAUCCUGAUGUCCCAACCCAGUUCAUGCUCCACGACAUGUACAUGUUCUGUAUCAUUGACCAGACCCUGCGUUUACCGACAGCCAAGUGUCACCUGUAUAACCAAGCGGCCCUGAGAGGCCUGUCAGCAAACGCACGCCGGAGUCAGGCCCACGCCUUCAAAAUCUGCAAGAAAUUCCAGCCACUGCUUCAUGUUGAGAUGCUGUCGGAGGAUUCACUUGUGGUAAUAGAGCGCCCCCUGAUGGACAUCAAUACACAUCUGCCAGCACCAGUCAAGCAGAAGAAAUUUGCCACUUAAUUGGAGCCUGGAAGGUGGUGUCAACAUUGCUUUGUGGGAACUUAGACAUUUCCUCCACAAACAAUUCAUUGGAUUUAUAAAGAUGCAAUAUUUUAUAUUAAAUAAAUAUGUUAUCUGUUUGGCCCCGA